AUGCCUGACAAGAUCACCUCCAAGAAUCUUUCCUACGACCAAUCCCUACCGCCGUUCCUCGCGCGGCUCCGCGGGCAGCAGACUUUGGACGCGCAGUCCCCCGAUCCCAACUUGGCCGCGCGUCGGAGAGCUGCCAAAGUGCGCAGUGCCAGCGAAGAAGCCGAAGAUGCUCCCGUGGUGGUGGACGAGGACGGCAACGUUGUGGAGCUGAAAGCCGGGCAGCUAGACGAGGAGGACGGUGAGGACGGGGAGAACAUCAAGGAAGCCGCUGAGAACAAGACAGCCAAGAAUGGCGAUCUCCCUGCUCCCGAAAAGGAGAAGACGGCCGGUAUAGGCGCGGCCAAGAAGCGCAAGGUCGGCAAGGUCAUUGGCGGAGACGACAACGACGAGGAAGAAGACGGGGCCGGCGGCGGCGUUGAUGCCGCCAUUGCCAAAGCCGUCAAGGCCACCAGGAAGCUUGCCGACGAACCUACCAAGGAAUCUGACAAGACGAUUGAGGCCAAUAAAGCGACCGGCAAGAGCGACAAGAAGAAGAAGGCCAAGAAGAUCAAGCUGAGUUUUGGUGAUGACGACGGCUGA